AAAAAUUGAUCAGGGUAUUUCUACGCUUGUUUGCCCUCGGUUGGAAGGCUCUGAACCCUUUUUUAAGCACGUGUGUCUCCCCUUAACACAUCUUUUCUGCCACUGCAAAUGCUGUGAUGCAGUGGAGUAGUCGUGGGCCAAGCCCCCCACAAUCCUCUGAGAGCUGGGGGCUGUGUCCUUGUUUCCAAACCUCUGAUGCAGGAGCUCUGACUUGCAGAUAUAGGUGAUGUCAUAAAGGGCUCCACAUUUUGACCUUGGCCCCUGCAGAUUCUCUCGAAGCUCUGAGCCUCCAUCAGGAACAUCUACCCCUCAUGAUGCUGCCGCACUGUGAGGAAGCUCAAGUCAUCGAUAUCUACAGAUACCAGGGUUUCGUGAACAGUCGCCGAUGAGCCUUUGGAGUCCUCCCAGCCAGGUACCACAGGCAACAGUGAAGAAGCUUCCAGAUACUUUCAGUCUCCACCACACAAGUCCUGGCUCAGGUGCUGAAGUCUUCCCAGGAGCCCUGUCACAAGUACCUCUCACCCCACACUCCCCAAGGGUCUGACCCAUGGAAUUUGUGAGCACAAUACAAUGGUUCCAUGUUAAGUCACCAAGAUGGGGCAGCUUGUCACAUGACAGUGGAUGACUGGACUACUUCCAUUCACAGAGGAUGCUAGCAGCAGCAACACGAUCUCCAUCCCUUUCUAGACCCUGCUAUUGCCUGGCUUACUUGAGGACACACAAUUGGCCUCACACUUUCCACACACAGGCUUCCUGGCCCUUUAGCCUCCUCCCCCUCAGUGACCUGGUAACCUCACUGCUACCUUCUUAGUGAAGAACAUGCCUGGGUUCCUUGAGGUGGUCCCUAAGGAACUCUGUGAGGAGCUGUGAUGAGGGACAAGGAGGCCUCAUCUGAAACCUCUGCAAAGGUCCUAUGACUGCCACUUGGUACUGUCAACAUGAAGGCAUUGAGCAGAGGGACAGGUCACAAAGUCACCAUGUCAACCUCCCUGUCCAUCAUAACCCCAGGGUUGGGGGCAGGGUUGUGCAGGCAGUGAGAGGCAGGCUGCCCCAGAGCAGCUAGUUCCCCGGUCCCUGUGCUCUGAGGCCACCACGUGGAGAGCGGCAGUGAGCAUUAGUGAGAGGACUAUUGGGGGCUACUGUCCCUAAGUGCGGGCAGAGCCAGCACAGAAGGAAGUCAGAGGUGGCUAGAACUCAGCCUGCAUAGACUUUGGCACAGCGUCCCCAUUUCUGGUAGACUCACGGCCAAGAAAAUGCAAGACUACAGUCCCCAGCUGUCCCUCUCGGUGCACCUGCUGCUGUUGCUACUGUCGCCUACGCCACUUGUCGCAGUCCAGAGUCUCCUGUACCCUCAGUCUGACCAAAAACCCUAUGAUGAGGACCCUGCUAGGUUCCAUACAGAUGAAGAAUGGAAGCCCAGGCAGACUGAGCAGGAAGUGGAGGACGAGGAGGAAGACGUUAUGCAGUAUUGUGAUGGUGACUUUGAUGUUUACUUCGUCUUUGACAAGUCCCGUGCUGUCAAAGAAUGGGCUGACCUGUUCACAUCCUGGGAAGAUAUGGUGGAGAAAUACUUGAAUCCCAACCUGCGGAUGUCCUUCAUUCUCUAUGACUACCGAGGCACAGUCGAAAUGUAUCUCACCUCAGACAGAGUGAAAAUCCGCUAUGAGCUCACCAGAGUGGAGAGGCUGAGGAUCGAGGGCUCCACGGUGCUAUACAAAGGACUGGAGAAGGCGAAUGAACAGCUCCAAAUGAUCAGCUGGAAGGGCAUUAACAGGACUAGUUUGAUCAUCGCUGUAAUUUGGGGGGAACUGUCACCACAAGUAUUGAGGGAGUCUAAGAAGGAGGCUGAUAGAUCUCGGAGCCUGGGGGCAUAUAUUUACUGUAUUGGUUUAGACUCCUAUGACAGAAAACAGUUGAGUGAAAUUGCAGACAGUGAAGAUACGAUAUAUGUUGUGCAGGAUUUACCUAAGAUGUUUCAUGAGGCAGUAGACACGAUUGGAUCACUGACCUGCCUUGAACUCAGAUAUGUUGAGCCUUCCCCUCUGUGCAUAGGAGAAAACAACCCAGUCAUCUUAAGAGGAUACGGCUUUCAUUACGCACAGAAUCUCAGCCAAAUUAUUUGCAGAUUCAAGUUCAGUAACUCCAAGGUCAUCGAUGAAAAUCCAACCGAUAAGAACUUCACUGUCAUUAUCUGUCCUAGACCAGAGAUAAAGCAAUCAGGAGAAACCAUCUUAGUUGAAGUUAGCCUGAACAACGGGAAAGACUUCCUUGCCCACACCAUCCCUGUGAAUACUUCUGACUGUACACCUCCACCAGUGACCACCACCGUUGUCCCUGAGACCUCCACCCUACCACCAACGACAACUCCAAAAACCACACCGAUAACCUCUACCCCAGAAACUAUCCCAAGAACCACUACUGUUACUACUCAGCCUCCUCCCACUCCUCCUCCACCACCACCCCCUCCACCUCCUCCACCUCCUCCUCCACCACCUCCCCCUCCGCCUCUGCCUCCCCCUCCCCCUCCGCCUCCGCCAACUUCACCUGCACCUCCACCACAGGCCACUGCUCCCCCACCAGCUGAGCCAAGCCGGCAAGUUCUGCUCAGCACCAUGGUGCUGGUGCUGAUGCUGAUCCCUGUACUGCUGUGGUGGCUCUGGUGGCUCUGCUGCAGACAGGCUCCCAAGGCACUGCCAGCACCUGUACCCCCACCAAAGCCCAGAAAGAAGAAACAGCCCCCUCCUCCAGUGUCUCCCCCAGCACCUGCACCACCAGUCAACUCGCCCCCCAUUGUAAUCGUCUGCUGCUGCACCUGCUGCAACGUGUGUGUGAGCAGAGGCAUAGAGGGCAAUGUGACCACGUGCAACUUCAAUCCCCUAAGCUGCCACCAAUUGCCACUGACGUGGUCUCAGUCUAGUGACCAGGGCCAGUGCACCAACCUGGACCUCCCGAAGAUCCUCUGCUCUCACGUUCCCUGCACCUCCAUGGCCAGCUUGCCCCCAGGCCAGAAGUGCUUGCCCCUGGCCUCCUGUUCUUAGUGCCAUCAUCUCCCAGACGGUUGUCCCCAGCCACUUCCUUUGCUCCCUCCCUCCAGGAGCCCCACCGUCACUCCCUCCCAAGUAGCAGACCUCUCAGACACCACAGAGACAAAAUGGAGAGGAUUUUGCUGCUAAAUUGGACACAGAUAUCUGUUCUUGGAUUUUAAUUUUAAAAGAGUUGGAGUUUGUCGCUUAUUGGGAAGUUUGUCACCCAAAGAUAAAUCUCAGAUGUGUUUCUGUUGCAUCCAGAAGGACAAAACUCCCUGG